UGAUAUACCUGUGUUUUUAUUGGAACUACCUAUCUCUAUUGUGAAUGUUGUUCUUUUAUAUACUUGAGGUCCUUAGCGGGGGUACUCGCUGCAUUUGGCAUUAGCGACUUAUGACAGAUAUCAUAGAGUUGUCAAAUGAUUUAUCCGAGAUGGAUCUCAGCGUCCACCCGGAAAGACAAAGAUUUCCUUUCUGUAUCGUUUGGACUCCUUUACCUAUCCUAACAUACAUUCUUCCUUUUAUUGGACAUAUGGGUAUUGCGACGUCAGCAGGAGUAAUAAGGGAUUUUGCUGGUUCUUGUUAUGUUUCUGAAGACAACAUGGGAUUUGGUAAGCCUACCAAAUAUUGGCAGCUUGAUCAUACCAAAGCCAAAGGAGCCACACAAGGAUGGGAUGCUGGUGUGGCAGAAGCUAGCGAAAUUUACAAAACCAGAAUGCAUAAUUUAUUCUGCGAUAAUUGCCACUCACACGUGGCAACAGCCUUGAAUUUGAUGUCAUACGAUAACUCGAACAAGUGGAAUAUGGUAAAACUUGCAUUUCUUAUGUUGCUUUAUGGGAAGUACGUCAGUAUUCUAGGUUUCCUUAAGACCUGGUUACCUUUCUGCGCAUUUGUUACAAUUGUAUUGCUGUUAAGUUUAUAUGUAUAUUAA